GAUUAUUUUUACCUCCACACUGUAGCAUGCAUAGACCUGCAUUCUGUAUGACAUAGUUCCCAAGGAAAACAGUAUGUCAGGCGAGGACGCAGGGGAUUAACACGAGCUCCAGUUUAUGUUGUUAUCCCAUCAUUUGAAAAUGUAGAUAAAUUAUGCCAAUCUAGAAGUGUCCUUUGGAUUAAUGUAGUGCAUGGAAGCAUUGGCAGUAUAUUUGCAAUCUUGAUUGCAAGGUACCUCAAUGUAGAAAGAUGGAUGAUAGAAUACACAGAAUAAAUGAGAAUCUUCAGGGUACCACCAGAAACCUGCGUUCUUUGGAUCACAUGCUGGAUGACUAUAGAGAUGUUACCAGGGACCAACGCAGUGCUGUUGAUAGACUGAGAGAGGACGUUGCAAGAACUCGGACCCAGCUACAUGAGGAAAGACUCCGAAGUCCUGGAUACAGACAUUAUGAGAGUGACAGUGAAUAUGAAGGAUCCCCAUCCCCUAGCAGACGACGACGUCGCAGCAGACGGUCAACUGUAAGGUUUGCAGACGACAUGAACAGAGAACUUCAUGAUUUGAACAGUUCAGUCCGGGACCUGUCCACUGAUCAGUUUGAACUCAGGGGUCACUUUAACAGAGAGAUGGACAGGAGAGAAAGAUUUGAUUCUGAUACAAGAAGAACAAUGAGGGAGAUUUCAGAGAACCUGAAGAGGCUGCCCCAGACAGACCCGGUUGCUAUGAGAGUGGAAAGUCGUCUAGCUUCGAUACAGAAUGAAAUGAGGGCAGACAGACAUUUAGGUGAUCGUUAUGAUGAGUUGGCCAAUCUGUCCUCUGACCUUCGACAUGCUUUACGAGAGCACCAUCACAUGCAACAGUCAGCGGCAGAUGAGAGAAUACGUAAUCAGUACAUACAGGCAGAGGCUCAGAAACACAGGAUUGAAUCUGACCUUGACAUUUUGAAAAGGAAACUAGAUCAAAGCGAAGGUGGAAAAGCAGCUCUUCAAAAUCAGGUUGAAGAUCUAAGGAAUCAACUGAAUCGUAUGGAGCAGGAAAGAGCUCGUGUUAAGUUACAAAUGGAAGAAAAGCAGUAUGAAGAGGAACUCAGAGAAAGACGCAAGAGGCGUUCAGUUGAGGAGGAUAAAGACAGAGAAAGAAAGGCCAUGGAGAGAGAAAUCUCAGAUCUGAGGAGUCAGUUGUCGCGGGCAAUUAGUGCUGGCAGUGAGGCUGAGGAACUCCGUCGAGGAAUAGAGCGCAGUGAAAGACAGAGGGCUCAACUCUCAGAUCACAUAGAGACACUAACAAAGGAUUUAGAAAACCGAGAGAAACAGACUGCCAAAUUAAUUACUCAACUCAAGGAGGUGUCUGAUAAGUAUGAUGAGUCUGAGAGACAGAAAGGACAAUUGAUAGCACAGUUUGAUGAUACAGCACAGAGGUUCAAAGACUGUAACAAGGAACUAGACAGGGUGUCAACUGAAUUACGGAAUGCACAACAAGGAUUGCAGGAAACGGAGAGAAAGAGGGAUGAGUUCAAAGGUCGUGCUCAAGAAACAGUACGACAGUGGAAGUUGAAGGUGAAACAGUUGGAGCGUGAAGUAGACAGACACAAACAUGGUGCUAAUCAGCUGAUGCAGAGGAAUGAACAGCUGGUGAAGGAAGUGGAGGGACAUCGUCAGAACCUCCACCACACAGGGAUACAGAUGGAGAACAUGAAGAGAGAGCUGGGGGAUGCCCUGGCUGUGAGGGCAGCUCAGGAUGAACAACUUCGUCUGAAAGAUGUGGAAAUUAAUGAACUGAAAUCAGUCAGGAUGGACUUAGACCGAGAACUCAGGGACGUUCGUACUGUAGCUGACAGGCUUGAAAAUGAACUACACACAGUUUCACACCGACUGACACAAGUAACGGAUGACAAGAACAAAAUGGAAGAUAAACUCUCCUCCAUUGAGGCAGCUCAUAUAUUGUCACAGGAUCAAGCUGUUCAGCUGCAGCAAGAGCUGAAGGAAAUGAGCGCUCUUAAGGCAGAAAUAGCAGCUAAGUUGUCCGAAUCAAAUGGCAAAAUCCAUGAUUUGAAGCAAAAUUUCAUAGAACUUCAGCACAGAGAAAAGGCAGCACGUGAGGAAUCUAAAAUGUACCAAAGACAACUUAACGAUGAGAGGGAAAAUCAUCAUGUUGCUUUGGAGGCUGUAAAACGGGAAUUAAAUGAGGUCAAGGUGAGAGAGGCCCAUGUCAUGCAGGAUAUACAGCGAAAAAUGAAAAGGAGUCACGCUGAGUAUGAGGCCACAAUACAGGCACUGAAGAUGGAACUCUCUGAGGAGAAAUCAGCACAUAAAAUCUCCAAACGCAAUGAAGAAAAAUUCAGACAAGAGGUGGACAGAUUAGCUCAAGAAAUUGCAAGGUGUGAGGAAGACAAUCAGAAACUGUCAAGACGACUCGAGAUGGCUCGAGAAGAAUUUGAGACACAGUUCUUCAUAAAGAAAGAAAAACGUGCCCGCAGCAGGUCUCCUCGACCUUGCAUAAAGUUACAGCGCAAGAAAACUACUCAGAUGGCUGAAACAGAUUUAUCAAGGGUAAAGAAUGUUGAAGAAGAACUCCUUAAAGCCAGAAAUGAUUGCAAGAGAUUCCAAGCCAACUUUGAGGGCCUCAUUCAUGAAAUGGUGGCAGAAGUGGAUGCACUAAUGGAUAUUGCAGCAUCCGGAUCCAAAGAGAAACAAAAGACAGUAGCUUCAUGUAAGGGAACUUCAAAUGGACCCUCCACAGCACUCCAAGAAAUCAAGGCCAAAAUGAAAUGGUUACGAGGGGAAAUCAGGGAUAGAAUAAAGUUGGAACAGGCCCUAAAGAAAGACCUGCAGGAGGCUUUAUCAUGUAAUGAAACUGACCGCCACUUCCUCAUGUCCGAGCUAGCAAAGCGGGAUGGUGUCCUGGAUGAACUCUCAACUGUCAAACAUGAACUAAGUCACAGGGAAGCUGAAAAUCUUCACUGUGUUGAGACUUUGCAGACUCAAAUUUUGGACUUAACAGAUGAACUUGAACUACGUAAAAUUAGAGAGGAGGAACUACUAAGACAACAAGCCAUGGACAACAAACAUGUAAUAGAAGAAAUCGAAGAACUGAGAGGUGUACAAGAGGAGAAGGCCAGAAUUGAACAGAGAUACAUCAAAUUACAGGAUACAAUGCGAGCACUCCAGAGUGAGCUAAAAUCUGCUAACUUCUAUGGAGACAAGAUUGAAGAGAUUGAGAAAAAUAUGCACAAUUUACGUAAAUCUCCAAGGAGGAAAAACCAUGUUCGAAUCCAGGAAGGGCCCUCUUUACGAUCAAGGUCGAGGUCAAGGUCCAAAAGUCCUGGAAGACGGAUGCCAAUUUCAUAGUAAUGGUGCACAUCUCUAGUCCUUCUCCACAUUUCUAUGGCAAUGAGCCUGAUCCAUAUUGAUAAUUGUCCUUCCAAACAAAGUUUAUAUGAAGGAUGGAAGCAAAUUUCGUGUCUUUCCCAUUAGGGGAUAAUGGAAUUGCAAUAAUUGUAUUUGCAGAUGCUGAUCAAUAAUGUGUCUGCAGGCUGCUAGAAUACCAUACAGUUAUUGUCUGUAAAUACUACAUGUAUAUGUAAAUAUAUAUAUACAAUUAUUUAUUGUUGUUUGUUACAGGUAUAGAAGGUCUACAAGGUUUAUUUUGUAGAUGCAAAGUAUUAAAUAAAAAUGUACAUGUAUGCAACAUGUUUAAAGUGCUUUAGGUUUAUUUCUGUUUUUAAUAUAAGAAAAGCUGGCAUUGCAAAACAAGAUAGGUCUCCCAAGUAUUGGAGUCGUGAGCUAAAGCAGAUUAUCGUGCGUUGCAGUAUGCAUUUCUGCCACUAAAAUAUCUCUAAAUUGAGAAUUUUCUCUUAGUCCUUUAUACAUUUUGUUCAUGUACUGAGCAUUAUCAAUAAAAGUGUACAUGGAUUUAAUAUUACAGGAAAAAAAAAAGCCUCCUAUUUUACAAAUUUCAUUGCAAGUGUCAAAGGUGCAUUGAAAGAGAAAGUUUGUACAGUGUAAUGGCAAUAUUUUUGUAUGUACUUGUCUGUGAUAAUUGCAUUUAUUUUACAAGGUUGUACACACAGAAUUUUAAAUGUUGUGAAAAUUUAUGUUGUAUUUUUAUUUGGCCAUAUCAUUUUUGAACAAGAAAAAAAUAUGUCUUAAGAUACAUAUGUAGAUAUAUAUACAUGUACACAAUUACAUGUAUCUUUUAUACUAUACAAUU